UGUUUGAAGCAAUUUGGGCCUCCUGUUCCAGUGGCACUGGGACUCAGCUCUGGGAAAGCACCCUUCGUUCCUCCCGAGGACGCGUUUCCUGAAGAGUGGAGGCCCUUCUACUGGUUGCAUUCAGGACCCGCUGCUGUUUAAAGCAGAGAGGCGGAGCUCAAGAUUUAGUUUGGAAUUCAGACGCCUAUUUAUGACUGCUCUGGGGUAGUUAAGCCAAGAGAACACACGGCUGCUCUGCUCACUGAUUCAAGCACCAGGUACGGGAUGGACAUUAACGUGUAUGCUCACCACGCCUCGGGCCUUCCCGGCCCCCAUGAACUCUAUUUUCAGAACCUCUCAAAAAGAAAACCAGUCAUGGAGAAGAAAGAGAAUAACCGAAAGCUUCGGGUUUGUGUUGCUACUUGCAACCGUGCUGAUUAUUCCAAACUUGCCCCCAUCAUGUUUGGCAUUAAAAUGGAACCUGAGUUCUUUGAACUUGACGUGGUGGUACUUGGCUCUCACCUGAUAGAUGACUAUGGAAACACGUAUCGCAUGAUUGAACAAGAUGACUUUGACAUUAACACCAGGUUACACACGAUUGUCAGAGGGGAAGAUGAGGCAGCCAUGGUGGAGUCCGUAGGCCUGGCCCUUGUGAAGCUACCAGAUGUCCUGAAUCGCCUGAAGCCUGACAUCAUGAUUGUCCAUGGAGACAGGUUUGAUGCCCUGGCGCUGGCUACCUCUGCUGCCCUGAUGAAUAUCCGGAUCCUUCACAUUGAAGGGGGGGAGGUCAGUGGGACCAUUGACGACUCCAUCAGACACGCCAUAACGAAGCUGGCUCAUUAUCACGUGUGCUGCACCCGAAGCGCAGAGCAGCACCUGAUAUCCAUGUGUGAGGACCACGACCGCAUCCUGCUGGCAGGCUGCCCCUCCUACGACAAGCUGCUCUCCGCCAAGAACAAGGACUACAUGAGCAUCAUUCGGAUGUGGCUAGGUGAUGAUGUAAAACCUAAAGAUUACAUCGUUGCUCUCCAGCACCCUGUGACCACUGACAUUAAGCAUUCCAUAAAAAUGUUUGAAUUAACAUUGGAUGCACUUACCUCAUUUAACAAGCGGACCCUAGUUCUGUUUCCUAAUAUUGAUGCAGGGAGCAAAGAGAUGGUUCGAGUGAUGCGGAAGAAGGGCAUUGAGCAUCAUCCCAAUUUUCGUGCAGUUAAACAUGUCCCAUUUGACCAGUUUAUACAGCUGGUUGCCCAUGCUGGUUGUAUGAUUGGGAACAGCAGCUGUGGGGUACGAGAAGUUGGAGCUUUUGGAACACCUGUCAUCAACUUAGGAACACGUCAGAUUGGAAGAGAAACAGGGGAGAAUGUCCUUCAUGUCCGGGAUGCUGAUACCCAAGACAAAAUAUUGCAAGCAUUGCACCUUCAGUUUGGUAAACAGUACCCUUGUUCAAAGAUAUAUGGGGAUGGAAAUGCUGUUCCAAGGAUUUUGAAGUUUCUCAAAUCUAUUGAUCUUCAAGAGCCACUACAAAAGAAAUUUUGUUUUCCUCCUGUGAAGGAUAACAUCUCUCAAGAUAUUGACCAUAUUCUUGAAACUCUAAGUGCCUUGGCUGUUGAUCUUGGCGGGACGAACCUCCGAGUUGCAAUAGUCAGCAUGAAGGGUGAAAUAGUUAAGAAGUAUACUCAGUUCAAUCCUAAGACGUAUGAAGAGAGGAUUAAUUUAAUCCUACAGAUGUGUGUAGAAGCCGCAGCAGAAGCUGUAAAACUGAACUGCAGAAUUUUGGGAGUAGGCAUUUCCACAGGUGGCCGUGUAAAUCCCCGGGAAGGAAUUGUGCUGCAUUCAACCAAACUGAUUCAAGAGUGGAACUCUGUGGACCUCAGAAGCCCCCUGUCUGACACUUUGCAUCUCCCUGUGUGGGUGGACAAUGAUGGCAACUGUGCUGCCCUGGCAGAAAGGAAGUUUGGCCAAGGAAAAGGCCUUGAAAACUUUGUGACGCUCAUCACAGGCACAGGAAUUGGCGGGGGGAUCAUCCAUCAGCACGAACUGAUCCACGGCAGCUCCUUCUGUGCUGCAGAGCUUGGCCACAUCGUGGUGUCCCUGGACGGGCCUGACUGUUGCUGUGGAAGCCAUGGCUGUAUCGAAGCGUAUGCCUCUGGAAUGGCCUUGCAGAGGGAAGCAAAAAAGCUACAUGAUGAAGACCAGCUCCUGGUGGAAGGGAUGUCCGUGCCAAAAGACGAGGCUGUGGGCGCACUCCAUCUCAUCCAGGCUGCAAAACUCGGCAACGCGAAGGCCCAGAGCAUCUUAAGAACAGCUGGAACAGCUUUAGGUCUUGGGGUUGUGAACAUCCUCCACACUAUGAAUCCUUCCCUUGUGAUCCUCUCUGGAGUCCUAGCCAGUCACUACAUCCACACUGUCAAAGACGUCAUCCGCCAGCAAGCCUUGUCCUCGGUUCAGGACGUGGACGUGGUGGUUUCAGAUUUGGUGGAACCUGCUCUGCUCGGCGCCGCCAGCAUGGUUCUGGACUACACGACUCGCAGAAUCUACUAGGCCUCCCAGGAAUGCACGAGGACAGAGACGCAAGAACUCCUUGGUGGAAUCAGGUUGUCUCCUAGAUGAGCACUUCUUAUUAGGCAAUCUGGCAGGUGACUACGGCAGAGAAGUGUUUGCUUUUAGUCUCCUCCUCCAAAGUCACUUUUCCCAGCCUGAUUUUGUAGAUGCUGCUCCUCCUGGGGUUAUUUCAGCUCAAACCUUGUCACACUCUUCUGUGCCAAAAGGAGCUACAACAGUAGCCAAGGAUGCCUUAGGACUCCGUUUACUAGAUGUGCCACUCAGACCUGCAGGCCUUGCUUGGGGUGGGACCUUGACACUGGAGUUUUGAGUUAUUAAUCCUUCCUCCUCUGACCCUAAAUUCAGAACCCAGAAAGGGAUCCAGUCAGGGAAUGGAAAGAAAUCUCACCACAAAAGGCUUAAGUAAACUCUUAAAAAGCAGUUUUAUUGAGGUAUUUUUUUAAGUGCACAAUUUGGUAAGUUUUGACAUCUAUAUGAAAUCACGGCCACAAUCAAGAUAUCAGGCGUAUCUCUCACUGUCGCACGUCACUUGCUGAAAGAUGUUGUUUGCUACGUCACUUGCUGAAAGAUGUCGUUUGCUAUUACUCUCUCAGAAUCUUGAGCAACUGUAGAUCGGGGUCUGAAUUACAGUGGCCUUAGGGACCUUGUCCUUAUCUUCUUAAGGACCGCUGAGAAGCCACUAGGACUUAGCCUCUGAAAGGAGAUUAACCAUCCCAGAAGGAUCUUUGUUACUGAGAACAGGCGUCUCUCUUCAGUAGCUUUUCACAUGGUGUUGAAUAUGACUGGAGUACUGAUAAAGGCAGUGUUUGUUGUGCGUCAUAUACCUAGAGCCCUGGAGGCUCAGACUUGUAGGUCUGCCUACAAGGCGGGAGACCUGGGUUCAAUCCCUGGGUCAGGAAGAUCUCCUGGAGAAGGAAAUGGCAACCCACUCCAGUAUUCUUCCCUGGAAAAUCCCAUGGACAGAGGAGCCUGGUAGGCUACAGUCCACGGGGUCGCAAAGAGUCAGACACGACUGAGCGACUUCACUUUUGCCCAGAGCCCACAUGUGUGAAUCUGGAUUCUGGCUAAAUACGAUUCCACGUUUGUACUGGUGUCAAGAUACAGAGGCCAAGGUUCUUGCUAUCAAUUUCAACCUGGAAGAAAUACUAAUAGCCACCACUUAUUAAGUGCCUACUGUGUGCCAGGCUCUGAACUUGGUGCUUCAUAUACAUUAUUCUAAAUUCUCACAACCACUAAGUUAGGUGUUUUAAUUCCCAUUUUAUAGAACCCCAAACUAAGUCUUAAGUGGUGUGCCUAGAGCCACGUGGCUAAUGAGUCUUAAAGAUAAGGUUUGAGGCGGGUCCCUCUGUGCUUUUUCUGCUAAGCUACACAAGCUCUAUUCAUAUCAAAAUCUUCCAAAGUGCAAAUAUAUUCUGAUUUAUUCCAGGCUACCGAAAGCUUUCACAGUAUCUCAGUAGCAAAUGAAUUGCUUUAUCCUUGACACUCUCUCUCAGUGGUGAAUUUAAUAAAAUAUUCUUGUAUGCUGUGGAAAUUUUGCCAAUAUAGUAUUUCGUCUAGUGACAGGUUUUUAUGGGUACUUUUAGACAAUCUAAAAAUUAGCAUAUGUUUUUAAGAUUUAUUAUUUUAGGAAAACUUGAAGGUUUCUACAACAUAUUAUUUCACUUGUCCACAUAUGAAGGAAUCAAGAUUAUUGUAUUUGAAUUCCUUCCUUCCUGGUGGGUUAAUGUGAAAAUAGGUUGGCUGAUUCCUAGAACUGUCAGCUCUGAAAUAAUCUCCAGGUCCUGGUUGACACAUUCCACGUUGAUUCCUGGGAAGGAAGCUUGGCUUGGCCACCAGUGUCUGGGGCCAGUCAGUGUACUGUGAAGGGGCACCCGUUGUUCCUUGGUGAAAUCUGCAACCGCUGUCUAUACCAGACAUUGCUAUCAAGUUUCAUACCAAAUAUUCGGAAGAAUGGUACUGACUCUAUAAAACCAGAUCUCAGUUUUUAUUAAAUUCAUGGAAAAGCUAAUAUAUUCCAACAUAAUUAUUACAACUAGCUAAAGUGAUCACAUUUUAAUUUAUUUUAAUGUAAAUAUUUUUAUGUUACUGUUCUGAGCCAAAUUCUAAAGAAAAAAUAAAUUAUUUCCUUGUGGAAAUCCUGACAUUUUUCUAUUUUGUUUUGUUCUUAAUUAGCUCAUUAGCUAAAAACAUUUCCCUCCCUAAGAGAUGUGUUAUACUCCUUAUAAGAUUUGAAGGUCAUAUAACUUCUUUAAGGCAUUUAAUAUUGACUUAACAAUCUCCCCCCAAAAAACCUUGUUAAUAGAAAGUAUUGUUAUAUAACAUAAAAAAAUACAUAUAUUGCAAAAUGAUCACUACACUGUUUAGCUAACAUCAUCACAAUCCAUAGUUAAAAGUUUUUUUCCUUGUGAUGAGGACUUUUAAGAUUGAAUUUAGUAGCAACUUUCAAAUAUGCCUUAUGGUGUUAUCAACUAGUCGCCAUACUGUAUAUUACAUCCCUGUAACUUAUUUUGUAACUGGAAGUUUGUACCUUUUAAUCCUCUACACCCACUCCCCACCUCCCAACCCUGUCUGUGGCAACCACCAAUUUGUUCUUUGUGAGCUGGGUUCUUUUUAGAUUCCACGUAGCACUUAGAUCAUACGGUAUUUGUCUUUCUUGGUCUGAUGUUUUACUUAUUUAGUAUAAUGCCCUCAAGGUCUAUCCAUGUUUCACAAAUGGGAAGAUUUCUUCUUUUUAAUGGCUGAAUACUAUUCUGGUCAUAUAUAUUUACACCACAUUUUAUCCACUCAUUUGUUGAUGGACACUUAGGUUGUUCCCAUUACCUUCACUAUGUAAGACUGCAUAUACCUCUUAGAGUUAAGUGCUUCUGUUUUCUUUAGAUAAAUACCCAGAAUCAGAACUGCUGGAUCAUAUGGGAGUCCACUUUCAAUUUUUUGAGGACCCUCCCAUACUGUUUUCCAUAGUGGCUGCACCGGUUUACAUUCUCACCAACAGUGCACAGGGCUCCCUUUCUCCUCCUCUCCAACACCUGUUACUUCUUGUCUUUUUGACACAGCCAUCCUAAGAAAUGUGAGGUGGUAUCUCACUGUGGUUUUCAUUUUCAUGAUUAGUGAUAUUGAGCACCUUUUUCAUUUACCCAUUGGCCAGCUGUAUCUCUCUUCUUUGGAUAAAUGUCUAUUCAAAUCCUCUGCUCAUUUUUUUAAAUUGUUUUUAUGCUAUUGAGUGUAUUUUGGGAUAUGAACCCCUUACUGUAUAUAUGAUUUGUAAAUAUUGUCACCCUUUCAGUAAGUUGUCUUUUUGUUGAUAGUUUUCAUUUUGCCGUGCAGAAGCUUUUUUGUUUGAUGUAGUCCUGCUAACUGACCAUAUACGUAUGAGUUUAUUUCUGGACUCUUUAUUCUGUUUCAUUGAUCCAUGUGUCUGUUUUUAUGCCAAUUAUUGUUUUCAUUACUAUAGCUUUGUAAUAUGAUUUGAAAUCAGGGAGAGUGAUGCUAUCAGCUUUGUUCUUUCUCAAGAUUGCUUUGGCUAUUCAGGUCUUUUGUAUUUCCAUACAAAUUUUAGGACCGUUUUAUCCUUGUGAACAAAAUGCCACUGGAAUUUUGAUAGGCUACAUUGAACACAUAAGAUUGCUUUGGGUAGUACGGACAUUUAAACAGUAUUCUUCCAGUCCAUGAGCAUGAAGUCUGUUUAAAUUUCUUUCACUGGUGUCUGAUAGUUUUUAGUGUUGGUUAUAUUUAUUCCUAGGUAUUUUAUUUUUUGAUGCAGUUGUAAAUGGGACUGUUUUAAUUUCUGUUCCUGACAAUUUAUUAGUAUACAGAAAUGCAACAAAUUUCUGUAAUUGUUUUUAUACCCUACAACUUAAUUCAUUUAUUAGUUGUUAUUAGUAACAGUUUUUUGGUGGAGUUUUUAGAGUUUUUUGUAUAUAAAGUCAUGUCAUCUGCAAA